AUGAAGGUUGUUGAAAAACAAUUGAGUAAGAAAACUUUAAAGGUUAAAAAAGAAACAGAAAAAAAUAGUACUGGAUUUAUGGAAAAAAAAAAAAUAAAUAAAAAAGAAAAAAAAAUAUAUAAGAAUAAUUAUAAUAAUGAUAAUAUAAAGGAAGAAGAGGAUAUUCUUCUUAAUCAAGAUGAUUUUGAAAAAAAAAAAAAAAAAUCUCUUGAAAAUAAAAUUUUAUUAUCAAAAAAAUUAAAAGAAAUAAAAUUACAAUUUAAAGAUGAUGAUACUAUUAAUAAUAGUAAGAAAAAUAAUUGGAUCGAAAGAUUAGAUAUUACUAGUACAGAAUAUUAUUAUUUAAAAAAAACUGAACUAUUUGGAAUUUCAGAGUCAAGAGAAAAACAAUUACAAAAUAUAACACAUAUGAAUGUUAUUCAAGCUUUACAAAAACUUCAAGAAUUAAAUAUUAAAUUCAAUAGACCAUAUGAUUUCUUAGCUGACAUGCUAAAGUCUGAUAUACACAUGGAAAAAAUUAGACAAAAAAUAUUAAAAGAACAUGAACAAGCUGAAGUUAGAGAAAAUAAUAAACUUAAACGAAUUAAUAAAAAGUUCCUUAAAAAAUGUGGAUCACAAAAAAUUAAAAGUCAUAAAGAAGCUCUAGAGAAAAAACAAAACCUCUUAAAAAUUGAUCAGUUAAAAAAAACAAACAAUUUACAAAAUCUCAAUGUACAAGAAUUCUUCAUAAAACAUUCCAAAGAUCAUGAUUACAAAGCUGGAAAAAUAACCGCAAAAAAAGAUAUGAAACAUAAAAAAAAAAAUUUUAAUAACAAAGCAAAAAAGGAUAAAGGUAUCAAAAAUAAACAAAUAGGAAAGAAAACAAGCAUAAAUAAUAAAAGAAAGGCUUCCUCAAAAAAUUCUAGGAAAAGUAAAAAAAUGAAAAAAAAACAUAAACAUAGGAAGUAA